AUGGAAAACAAUAGAAACAAUAUCACGAAAUUACUCAAUUUCCUUAAUCCAAAUAAGAAAAGUUCUUCAGUGUCCCCUCAACAAUCUUAUAAUCUUGAUUAUGAAUGGAGUGCAGCAAUCUCUGCUCUAGAUUUACGUUCCUCGGUCUCUAAUUGUCAUGAAAGUAGCAAGAAAAGACUUUUGAAGGCCAAGAAAGCUGAAUACGAAGAGAAAAUGCAGGCGUUUGAUGAACUUAUUAAUAAGCGUCGGGGAAAUAAUUUGAGGAGCACACUUGCAUAUGACGUAGCAAGCUACUAA